GAUCAGUCUUUAAAUAAAGACGAGCUAGAUGAAAAACUGGCCACGUGGGCUGAGAAGUAUAACAUGAAGAAAAACUUCGAGAGAUUUAAAAACGAAACAGAACAGCUCAAAUUGCAAGUACAGGAGGACGUAAAGAACGCGUUGUUGAAAUUGGUAGAAUUUUUUGAGGAACUAAACGCUAUUGAAAAUAAUAGGGAUCAGUCUUUAAAUAAAGACGAGCUAGAUGAAAAGCUGGCCACGUGGGCUGAGAAGUAUAACAUGAAGAAAAACUUCGAGAGAUUUAAAAACGAAACAGAACAGCUCAAAUUGCAAGUACAGGAGGACGUGAAGAACGCGUUGUUGAAAUUGGUAGAAUUUUUUGAGGAACUGAACGCUAUUGAAAAUAAUAGGAACAUAACAAUAGCGGAGGGAAGAAGGAGAACUCGCGAAUUGUAUGAGACGUUGAAUCGGAGAACGUUUUCUGCAGCAUCCUGUAUUAUAAAUGCCUUUGUCCCACAGCUCGCCUGCAGCUGCACUUUUGGCGGCUGUGGUGGAUUCGGCGGAGGACCUAGAAGAGGGUUCGGUUCUAAGUUUGGAGAAUUUGGACUUGGAGGAACAUGGGGUUGGCGAGGAGAUGGUCAUCAUCUCCAUACCCACGGACACAGCAUAAGGAACAUCUACAAAUAG